CAACAAGAAACGUGUGAGGUUACGAAAUGUUUAGCAUUGUUGAAACUAUGUAACGGCCUUCAAACAAUAAGUAAUAUUUAAUACGUGGUAGUUUUGCAUGUGUUUAGAAGGCAAUCUGAGUAAUCGAUAAUUCGCCGCAUCUCACUCCAAGUAUGUGCUGCGAAAGAAAUGUCAGUCCGCUUUAUGUUUUCGCAUCUGUGCUGAGUUCGUUAUCUCUUUGUUGAAAUGGUUAUUUGGGAUCGAUGACUUGAAACUGGACAAUGGUUGAAAAAAGAAUCUACAAUUUGUUGUUAAUGGUACUAGCGUCAAUUUUAUGUUUGACGAUAUGGAUGUACGGAUUGAACGAGCCCCCUGCCACCUUGGCUGUGUACCAGCUUCAUACAACAAAUAGCAGCUACUCCCACCCACUUUAUCUACUUCCCAAAGACGACUAUUUUCAAUUAAUUGAUUUGAAUUUUACGUUUCGCAUAUUGAAUUUACCUUGUAACGAGUCGAAUCCUUUACUUUUGGUCUUGGUGCAUUCAUCACCGGAAAAUUUCGCAAAGAGGAAUACUAUUAGAGAAACAUGGGGAAAGAACGACAACGAGGUAAAAAUCUUAUUCGUAACUGGUGCUACAAAUAACUCUUCAAUACAAAAGAAAAUUGAUAUGGAGAACAGGAGGAACGGCGACUUUAUUCAAGGCAGCUUUUUGGACGCGUAUAGAAAUAUGACUUAUAAACAUGUUAUGGUACUUAAAUACGCAGUGUAUCAUUGUCCUCAUGUGAAGUACAUUCUCAAAACUGACGACGAUGUCUUUGUACACAUGCCAGCGAUGAAGAAUUUUCUCACAAAUGAUUUAUCAUCGUAUGGGGCUAGUAAAGUUUUAUUUUGUACUAUAAGAAAGAAUAUUAUAGCUUUAAGAACUUAUCGUUCAAAAUGGAGGGUAUCUUUUUCUGAGUAUCCUGAAAAAUACUAUCCUAAUUACUGCCCAGGGUGGACCUUACUUUAUUCGCCUGACAUAGUUUUCCAUCUUUAUAAAGAGGCCCAGCGGACAGACUACUUUUGGAUAGACGACAUCCACAUAACUGGUAUAUUAGCUAAAAAAUUAAAUAUUGUUCAUACAGAUAUAGAACCACUUGUUAUAUCUAGACAAAAUUUGAAAUAUGUUCUUGAAAAUUCUCAUAACAUUACAGAGCCAUUUUUAUACGGAAGAUCAGAUUUAGAUGAGGAUGCCAUUCGGGCCCUUUGGAGAUAUGCUACGUCGCAUACAACUCCGAAAUAUAUUUUAAAAAAUAAUCACUAAUUAUUUAUUUAUGAUUUGACUUUUCAAAAAUUUUCAUUAUUCGGUUUAGUAUUACAUUAAGUAUCAUUUUAAUGACAUGAAACUUGAUCUCGAAGCAGUUCCUUAAAACAAUUUUUGCUUAUCAAGUACUUAUCUUAUCACAGCCCGGUUGAAUAAUUACUUAAAAUAAAAAUCUGAUUUUGCGUAACUAGCGGAUCAUUUUAGUAAAAAACUAGGGAAACAAACCUGGUAACAUCUUUGAUUAUUACAGUAUAUGAAAAAAUUAUAAGCAAAUAACGUUUAGAUUGAUAUAUAAAAAACUAGAAUGAGACUGGAUAUGCCAAGUAGUUUAUUAAAGAUAAUAUCAAAAACUCCACAAAUUGUUGUUUCUUUCAAUAUUAGUUUAUAUACUUACAAUGUGAUAUAUUUAUUUUUUACAGUUUGUGGAACCUUUUUGAAUAGGUUACGUAUAUGAUAUAGAAAAGUGCCUAAUUAUAUAUAAUUGCAAAUGUUAAUAUUUAUAGGUAUUUGUUAUAUUUUGUACUUAGUAAACCUUUUAGCAGUUUAGACUGUUAUUCUUGUGUCAUUAAUAUUUAUUCAAUUAUAAGUAAUGUAUUAUGGUUUAUAUAUUAUUAUUUAAAUAUGAAGUCGGUUUGUUUUGUAGUUUUAUGCAAACCAUAGUGCAUUAUUUGGACUGAUUUAUUUUUUUAAAUAAUGAAGAAAUGUAUGCACUUGUUUUCGCUCAUGGACUCUUAUAAAAUUUAUGAAAAAACAUUUUUAUAUGAUAAAUAUUAAGGUUCGGAUUUUUUACAAUGAAGGAUAAUAUUUAUUCAUAUUGUUGAAUAUAUCAAUUAUUCGAAUAUUUAUUUAAAUAGAAUAGUUUAGAGUCUAUAAUUUGAACAUGAAAAUUAUUUAAUGUUAAUAUUCAAAUAUGUGCUUUUAAAGAUUUGAAUUAUAUAUAUUCGAAUUUCAUUCCGAACCUUAGUAAUUAUGUGGUAUCGUAUUAUAUUUUUUUCUUCACAUUGAAUCAUUUAUAUAUUUACUAAAUAUUUUUUGUAAUUAAUCUGUGGUAAAAGUUAUAUGUUUCUUGUUGACUCAACGGACUAUUUCGAUUAAGUCAAAAAAUUAAAAACAUAUUCUGAGAAAUAGUUCAUUUUGAGUUUUUAUUAUAAUUCUAUUUCGGAUGGUAAUGUCGAUGACAUAAUGAACAAUCUCUGUUUUAUCUUAAUUUAAUUUGACGAGUAUUAGAUAAUUGGCUUUAUCAAAGUGUUGUAAUUAGAAUCAGAUAAGAUAUAUUCUCUUGUUAAAUUACUUUUCAAAUAUUUGUACUUAUAGAUGUAUCCCAUGAAAUUAAAUAAUAUAUGUCCGUGUAUAAUUAACAAAGAAUAUUAUGGAAUUGAAAGCAUAUAUGAAUUGAAUUAAUUAUUACCAAGGAUUGAGUACAAAAAUAUGUCUACUUGUUUUAGUUCAGUGUUGAAUGAAUAAGUAUUUUAAGCACAAUAAUUUAUUUUUGUUAUUCAUUUUGUUGUGAUACAAAUGAAACAUUGCUACUGAUUUUCAAUAAUUGUUAAUAAUUUUAAAGUAUGUAAUUUUCAUGUUGAUAUGUGCCAAUUUUAAUAAACAAUUGUAUAUGUCUA